AUGCACGUGUUUCAUUUGAAUGUUCCCUGGAUUAUUGAUGAAUCCGAAUACAACUGUAGCGGACGUACCCUAUCUGAAUGGAAGAGCAGAGGUUCUGUGAACGAAGUACAAGGGAUCUAUUAUGCAGUGACAGGAAUCUUCUUUGUGGCGCUUUACAUAGUUUGCCUAAUCGGAAUGUAUCGUGGAAAGCUGCUGAAGACUCCUUGUUAUCGCCUUAUGUUCUUCAAUGGCUUCAUUGAUAUCAUGGAUCUCUUUGCAAGUUCACUCAUCCCCGCCUAUUUCCAUUUGGUGUAUGGUCUGGUGCUUCGUUCAACUGCACUGUGCUUGCCCUAA